UGGCAGCGGUACGUCAGCUGCUCCUGGUGCGUCCGGAUGUGUUCCAGGAACUGGUCCAGCUUCUGGAAGGUCUGGGAGCACGACUUCAGCACGCACUUGUAGACCUGCCGGGAGGCAGACGAGCAUCGCUGGAAUAAGGAGGCUUCUCCUCCCAGCCUUAUGUCAUGGCCAGUGGAGUCACCAAGUCGGGCACUUCCAAUGGUUACCCUCUGAAGGCACAGCUGCAAAUCAUUGUGCUAUCAGCUAAACUUAAAGAAAACAAGAAGAACUGGUUUGGUCCCAGUCCUUACGUCGAACUGACAGUUGACGGUCAGUCAAAGAAAACCGAGAAAUGCAACAACACCCACAGCCCCAAAUGGAAGCAGCCCCUCACCGUGAUUGUGACGCCGUUCAGCAAACUAGUGUUCCGCGUAUGGAGCUACCAAACCCUGAAGUCAGACGUGCUGCUCGGCGUGGCCACUCUGGACGUCAGCGACACGCUCAAGUCCAACGACAUGAAAAUUUGUGAGGUGGUGCAGACGCUGCAGCUGUGCACGGACAGAGACCAGACGGAUGUGGUGGGAGAUCUGUCCGUCUGCCUGGACGGCAUGACCGUCGACCCCGAGAUGUUUGCCACGGCCGAAGCCAACCACCACAAUACAUUAAAUGGGGAAUCCCAGCCUAAUGGUGAUCAUGUCAUAAGGCCCAGUCGAGACAGUUCUCCAGCGGUGGACGGUGUAGAGCACAGAUCUUCUCCCAGCGCCCGGAGGACCAGCAACAGUAAAGGGUCUCCAUCGGUCGGGGGGAGGCCUGUCCGACCUCCGAGGCCCUCCAGACCUCCUCCUCCAACCCCCCGCAGGCCCACCUCCUCACCAGCAUCAUCCAGAACUGUCUCUGCUCCAGCAGAGAGUAAUGGCAGCCAGUCGGCUCCCGAAACACCGGCUCCAGGACCCUCGACCGCCCCAGACUCCAGUCCGUCGGCCGGUUCAGACAGAAGCUCCACGUCUGCUUCUGCUCCCGCUCCCCCUCCCGGAGCCCCGGCGGUCCGACCGGCGCCGAGCAGCGUCACCCCGACGCUCCCUCCCAGAGUCCCGGCAGCCAACGCUGGACCUUUAGCAGCUGGAUGGGAGCAGAGAGUGGAUCCGAACGGCCGGGUUUAUUACGUCGAUCACGUGGAAAAGAGAACGACGCGGGAGCGCCCUGAACCAUUGCCCUCUGGCUGGGAGCGUCGUGUUGACCAGAUGGGGCGGGUCUACUUUGUUGAUCAUAUCACAAGAACCACUACGUGGCAGCGGCCCACCAUGGAGACGGUGCGGAACUAUGAACAGUGGCAGCACCAGCGCAGCCAGCUGCAGGGCGCCAUGCAGCAGUUUAACUACAGAUUCUUCUUCGGGGAGGAAGACCAAGUCACGGCCACUCAGAAUAAGGAGUUCGAUCCUCUCGGGCCUCUGCCACACGGAUGGGGAAAGAGAACAGACUCCAAUGGCAGAGUUUUUUUCGAGCACUAUCCUACUCGGUCUUCACAGUGGGAAGACCCUCGAACGCAGGGACUGUUGAAUGAGAAGCCGCUUCCAGAAGGAUGGGAGAUGAGGUUCACCGUCGAGGGGAUUCCUUACUUUGUGGACCGCAACAGGAGAACCACCACCUACAUCGACCCGCGCACGGGAAAGUCCUCACUUGAAAAUGGACCCCAGAUAGCCUACGUUCGAGACUUCAAAGCCAAAGUUCAGUACUUCAAAUUCUGGUGCCAGCAACUCGCAAUGCCUCAACACAUCAAGAUCACAGUGACCAGGAAAACCUUGUUUGAGGAUUCCUUCCAGCAGAUCAUGAGCUUCAAUGCUCAGGAUCUGCGGAGGAGACUGUGGAUCAUCUUUCCUGGAGAGGAAGGUCUCGAUUAUGGAGGCGUUGCCAGGGAGUGGUUCUUCCUGUUGUCGCAUGAAGUUUUGAACCCCAUGUACUGCCUGUUUGAAUAUGCCAGUAAAGAUAACUACUGUCUCCAGAUCAACCCCGCCUCCUACAUCAACCCCGACCACGUCAAGUACUUCAAGUUCAUAGGACGCUUUAUCGCCAUGGCUCUCUUCCACGGCAAGUUCAUCGACACUGGUUUCUCGCUGCCGUUUUACAAACGCAUCCUCAACAAACCGCUGGCCCUCAAAGAUCUGGAGUCCAUAGACCGGGUGUUUUACAACUCCCUCAUGUGGAUCAAGGACAACGACAUCGAGGAAUGUGGCCUGGAGAUGUUUUUCUCUGUUGACAAAGAAAUCCUCGGGGAAAUCAGCACCCACGACCUGAAACCGGACGGAGGAUACAUCCAGGUAACGGAGGAGAAUAAGAAGGAAUACAUAAGGCUGGUAGCAGAGUGGAGGCUUUCCAGAGAAGUGGAGGAGCAAACCGAGGCUUUCUUUGAAGGUUUCAAUGAGGUCCUCCCCCAGCAGUACUUGCAGUACUUCGACGCUAAAGAGCUAGAGGUGAUGCUGUGUGGUAUGCAGGAGAUAGACCUGGUGGACUGGCAGAGACACUCCAUCUACAGACACUACGCCCGCAACAGCAAACAGAUCGUCUGGUUCUGGCAGUUCAUAAAGGAGAUGGACAAUGAAAAACGGAUGAGGCUGCUGCAGUUCGUCACUGGAACUUGUCGCCUGCCUGUCGGAGGUUUCGCCGACCUGAUGGGAAGCAACGGCUCUCAGAAGUUUUGUAUCCAGAAGGUUGGAAAAGAAAACUGGCUUCCCAGAAGUGACACAUGCACCAACAGACUGGACCUGCCGCCUUACAAGAGCUACGAGCAGCUGAAAGAGAAGCUGAUGUUUGCGAUCGAGGAGACGGAAGGCUUCGGCCAGGAGUGAUCCAUCGUUUGAUCCAUCGUUUGAGAACCGGGUGCAAGAGUCGGUGAAAACGGGGAGCCUCUGCAGAACAGGCAGGACUUAUCUGGGAGUCCACAAUCAUGCAUGUACGCACCUGCCGGUACCUUUCUGGGAGCUUUUCCUGCAUUACCGGCACAUAUUUGGGAUUCGGGAAUCUGCCCUGUUCACGGAGCUCACAGCCUGAUCGAUGUGGGAAAAAUUAGAGUUUAAAACUGAAAUGCAAAAGCUGCUCCCAUCUCUGAGAAUGUCAGCCGUCGUGACAUCAGUAGAUUCACAAACGCGUGAUCACAAGGAGCACUGGUUUCAGCAAUAAUAAUAAUAAUAAUAGACUGAGAAGGUGUGGUUUUAGUGUUUUCUUUAUUUUUAAACGUGAUCCAGCUGCAUUAGAAUAAGACUCACACUUUAACCUGCAUCCGUACUAAUGAUUGAACGUUAGAGUAUACUCUGUAAGACCUUUUACGGAUCUUUAAUUUCAGCUAUAAUAACAUUUUACAUCUUCUGUCUUUUUAAUUUAAUUUACAGAGCGAUCUUGAUUUAAAACGAGAUCCUGGAGAAAUGCUUUAUUAUCUAAUUCAUUUUUAUUAUUAAGAUUAUUAAUACUUAAACAAACCCUAAAAACAGAUAAAACACCAAAACUAGGUCAAACCAAAUCAAAUUUCCAAAUUUUAAGGCGUUUUUGAUGCAUUACUUGAGAAACAGCAUGUAGCUCUUCGUAAACUUGUAGCAUCUGAAUCUGAUGGAGCUCCUUCCUCGACUUCGUCAAAACGCCACAGAAUACCUCGACGUGAAGAAGGAAAAUUAACAAAUAAAAUAAAAAAUUAGCAAUACUCCUAGAAAAAGACAGAAUGCAGUAUUUUAACAGUUUAGUCUGCGCUUAUUUCACCUGCAGAACACAUUACCUCUGAAUAACGUCCCGUUGCACCAAACACUCGUCUUCCGUCGGCUGCGUUUCGUUUGGACUGAAUAACAUCGUAGAAAUGUAUGAGGAUGAAGUUUAAAAAUGUGACGGCGAGGUGAAGAUUGUGCUCAUGUUGGAUCCUUUCAUUAGUCCUUUCACCCCUGAAAUAAUAAAACACCGGGUUCUUGUGGUUUUUUUUUGCCAUGUUGGAGUGUAAAAUUUUAAUAAUUGUGUGGUAACGGAGGAACGUUUGAUUCUGGCGGUGUUAUUUAGCAAAAUCUCAGCCCUUUUUAUGUUCCUUCCCGCAGACGGGAGGUCCAGACUUUCAACACCGUAGUUUCCACGUGCGUGUUGAAGCGCUUUAUCGGCCGGUAGACCUCAUGGUCCGUGUACUUCGCGGCCAUCCGUUUUUUGUUUUGAAAUGACAAAAUAAAAAUAUAAAUAUAAUCCGUUUCCCAUCUUUUGUUUUGAUAAUAAAAAACGGAAAACAGAAAACGGAUCGUUAUCCAUUAUCCGUUAUCCGUUAUCCGAUUUCAUUGAUGUGUUUGAAAAUAAAAAUUGGGAAUUAAAACAGCGAGUGGAAAACUCUUUUCUCUAUUUCAUAUUCGUUUCCAGUAUGUUAGAGUUCAGUACAUGUUAUUGAUUGGACGCUGCAGCUGAACGGACUGUCACAACAUCACUGCAGUUUCAUGGUCAGUGUAUCUUUUGGUCAUUGGAUUUUUCCGUCAUGAGUGGGAAUCAAAAAACAAAAAACGAUUGGUUUAUUUGAUUUUCCUUUUAAAACAAAAAACAAAUAUUGAAUUACACUGCAUUUUUUCUUUUUCUGUGUUAAUAUGAUUUAACAAAGAUUCAAAAUACGCUUUUAUUUUCGUUUUCUAUUUCAUAUAAGAAAAAUGAAAUCACUAGUCAACAGGAACGAAAAAACGAACCAAAAACAACCGUUUAUUCAUAUUCGUGCACCGGAAGCUGGCAUUUACAAAGCAAGCGCGCGAAUGAGCUGUUCUUUACCAACCAAGAGCGCACAUCAGCAGCAUGUCUCUGGAGCCCUACUCACAGAUGAUUUUAGAUAUGGCAAAACAAGGCCUAUCAUUCUCUGAAAUCUCUGCGCACAUUACGCAAGAAAGUGGCGGCGGGAGCCUGUCGCCUGACGCUGUCCAACCCUCCGGGCUCAGAACCAGAGCCCAGAAAGAUUGAUAAACUGCGUAAUUAUGUGAACAUCAUUAAGCAUUGCUCCUUUUGGUUUUUUUCCCUCUAUAUCUAAACUAAACCACUGUCACUCUCCUGUAUAUGAAAAUAAGUUGUAAAUGGUGUCAAUAACAAUAUUUCUUUUUUAAAAGAGAAGUUUUAAUAAGAAGUUUAUGGUAAUGCUCUAUUUUCUUUUCCAUGUUUAAUUCCUGAUGUACAUGAAAUAUGUGUAAUAUAGAAAUUGUCACCUUAAUAAAUUAAAUAAAAUAUGCUUUUGUGUUGGUGUCUUGAAUAAAGCAAAAAAAUGUAAAAUGUAAAAAGUAAUGCUCCUUGUAUCCUGAAUUUAAGUGGCACGUUAGAUUCUC